ACAUGAACAUCUCUCCUUUAGAAGGAGAGAGGAAGGAGGUUUUCUUCUCCUAAAGAGCCACACUGCCCCCCGUCGGCGUGGAGGAGGUGUCCGCGGAGAAGUGUCUCGGUGGAACUGGAACAACAACAGCUAGCUAGCUUUUGUGAUCAACUAUUUAUAUUUAAGUAGCGUGGGGAUUAAUCGAAGCACACCAGGCAUAGUUCCCUGUACAACCCCAUGGCUAUGAGGGAGGCAAUGGUUCGUGAAGAGUUUCGGAUACACACAGAGUGGCUUGUCCACCAAGGACCUCAUCAAGCACUGGAGCACAGAUAACCAAACUAAUAAAUCAUGAUCCCCAUCACUGAGCUGCGGUACUUUGUGGAUACACAACCAGCCUACCGCAUCCUGAAACCAUGGUGGGACGUGUUCACCGACUACAUCUCUAUUGUCAUGCUAAUGAUUUCAGUGUUUGGAGGCACACUGCAGGUCACGCAGGACAAGAUGAUCUGCCUGCCCUGCAAAUGGGUGGUCAACCAGACCUGCAAGAAGAACUUCAAUGCCACCCUCUCCAAUUCAUUAUUCUUUGAACCCAAAGGGAUCCAGUACAAUCUGGAUCGCCACCAGUAUAACUAUGUGGACGCUGUAUGUUAUGAGAAUAGAUUGCACUGGUUUGCCAAGUAUUUCCCAUACCUAGUAUUACUCCACACCCUUAUUUUCCUAGCAUGCAGCAACUUUUGGUUUAAGUUCCCACGGACUAGUUCCAAACUAGAGCACUUUGUCUCCAUCCUGCUGAAAUGCUUUGACUCCCCAUGGACAACAAGGGCUCUGUCUGAGACAGUGGUGGAAGAGAGUGACCCGAAACCAAUGAAAAUGAACGGCUCAAUGGACCACAAAGAGUCUGUGAUCAGUGAGGACGUUGAAGCAAGUGUCCCGAUGCUGCAGAGGACAAAGACACGCUUUGAGCAGGGCAUCGUGGACAGAACAGAAACAGGGGUUUUAGACAAGAAAGAGGGCGAACAGGCAAAAGCUCUGUUUGAAAAGGUGAAGAAGUUCCGCAUACACGUGGAAGAGGGUGACAUUGUGUACAGACUUUACAUCCGUCAGACUAUCAUCAAAGUCAUCAAGUUCAUUUUGAUAAUCUGCUAUACAGGGUAUUAUGUGCAUGACAUUAAAUUCAGCGUUGACUGUUCUGUAAAUAUUGAGAGCCUUACAGGUUACAGCGUGUACCGUUGUGCUCACCCUUUGGCAACACUUUUUAAAAUCCUGGCCUGUUUCUACAUUAGCUUAGUGGUGGUGUAUGGUUUGAUCUGCAUGUACACUCUUUGCUGGAUGCUCCGGCGCUCUCUCAAAAAGUACUCCUUUGAGUCGAUUCGGGAAGAGAGCAGCUACAGCGACAUACCCGAUGUGAAGAAUGACUUUGCGUUCAUGAUGCACAUGAUAGAUCAGUAUGACCCUCUGUACUCGAAACGCUUCGCAGUGUUCCUCUCCGAAGUGAGCGAGAACAAACUGAGGCAACUCAAUCUCAACAACGAAUGGACGCUGGACAAGCUGAGGCAGAGGAUCACCAAGAACUCUCAGGAGAAGCUGGAGUUGCACCUUUUUAUGCUGAGUGGCAUUCCCGACACAGUGUUCGACCUGAUGGAGCUGGAGGUUCUCAAACUGGAGCUAAUCCCUGACGUCACUAUACCGCCAAUCAUCGCUCAGCUGGUCAACCUACGAGAGAUGUGGCUCUACCACACACCGGCGAAAAUCGAAGCUCCUGCUUUGGCUUUCCUGCGUGAGAACUUGAAGUCUCUGCACAUCAAGUUCACAGACAUCAAAGAAAUUCCUUUGUGGAUCUAUAGUUUGAAGAAUCUUAAUGAGCUUCACCUGACCGGGAACCUCAGUGCAGAGAACAACCGCUACAUCGUCAUAGACGGGCUGCGGGAGCUCAAGAGCCUGAAAGUUCUUCGUCUGAAGAGUAACCUCACUAAGCUACCUCAGGUGGUGACCGACGUGGGCAUGCACCUCCAGAAGCUUUCCAUCAACAACGAGGGCACCAAGCUGAUGGUUCUGAACAGCCUGAAGAAGAUGGUGAACCUGACAGAACUGGAGCUCAUUCGCUGCGAUCUGGAACGCAUACCGCACUCGAUCUUCAGCCUGCACAACUUACAGGAGAUCGAUCUGAAAGACAACAACCUGAAGACCAUUGAGGAGAUCAUCAGCUUCCAGCACCUUCAUCGGCUGGUCUGCCUUAAGCUCUGGUACAACCAGAUCGCCUAUAUUCCCAUCCAGAUUGGCACGCUGACAAACCUGGAGAAGCUGUACCUGAACAGGAACAAGAUCGAGAAGAUGCCCAGCCAGUUGUUUUAUUGCCGCAAGCUGCGCUUCCUGGACCUGAGCCAUAACAACCUCACCUAUAUCCCUACAGACAUCGGCUUCCUGCAGAAUCUUCAAUACCUGGCAGUGACAGCCAACAGGAUCGAAACCCUACCCAAUGAGUUGUUCCAGUGUAAGAAACUCCGCACUUUGAACUUGGGCAACAACUGCCUACAAACGCUGCCAUCGCGGUUUGGAGAGCUGACUGCGCUGACACAGCUGGAACUAAGAGGAAACCGUCUGGAGUGUCUGCCCGUAGAGCUGGGCGAGUGCCGACAGCUAAAGAGAACCGGCCUCGUGGUGGAGGAGGACCUUUUCAACACCCUGCCCACAGAGGUCAAGGAACAGUUGUGGAAAGUUGACAAAGAACAGGCUUGACCGGUCUGUGGCUGCGAGCGAGGACAGAUACUGACAGGCUGGGCCCUGACGAUGGAGGAACACAGAAACUGUCCCAGAGGAGGUGUUGAAACAGGCGGUGGUCCUGCUGUAGUGUACUGCCAGUAAGGCUGGGUAUUGAGAACCAGGGACAGAUUAGCAGAACCUAAACACUGAUAGCUUCACAUUGUUCCCUUUAUUCUUACUGUGCAGUUGACUCUCCAGCCCUCACAUUAUAACUGACUUAAGCUUAUUAGCAAUAAUGUAGCGAUGACAUCGUGAUCCAGGGCAUGUUUACAUUUUAUGCCGCUCUCUUUUGGUGAAGCUUAGAUAUGCAAAACUUUACUUUGCACAGAAAACCUUAGACUAAAGUUCCCCAUCUUUCCACUAGUGUUGUUUUACGAAUGAGAUCAGAAGGUAAUUUCUCUCAGACUGACCUGCCUUAUCUUCUGAAUAUGGGCCGUCAGAUUGAAGCCAUCAUUUGCUCCUCUUAUGUCAAGUUUGUAACCAGCUCCUCAUUCCAUAUAAGUAAUUAAUAUUCAUGAAAUCAUGACUGGUAAAGUCUGGCUAAAUUAUGCACACUGAUAUUUGCACAAUAUUUGCUUUGUUGACAUUCAAUUGUACAAAAUUAAGCCUGACGUUAGUUCAGGCAGGCCACAAAGUUAAGCUCAGUAAACAGUACAUUAGCUGCUCUUAACGCCAGCCGAUCGCUCAGUUGGUUUCAUCUACGCAUUCGAUUGGCAAAUAACAAAACGGGUGUUCUAUUUAACGUGCUUCAGUCUGCCUUCUCUUGCUACAACCCUGCAAACCGCUUUCCAAACCCACCUCCACCCCAGCUCCUCCUUUUAUUCUGUGUCUGAUUUUACCAAUGUCGUAUGUGUCAUCACUGAUGCUAGCUCUGUUCUGUACCCCCCGACUUCUUUGCUGCUAAUGCGCCCCCCUUUCUUGGUUUUUCAUGUAUGCACAUGAAAGAGACGAAAGGUGUACUCUCCCAGCGUUAGGCUUUGGCAUUCCACGUUGGCUCAUGGAAGGGUAGGGAGCUCCCAGAACAGAGCCACAUCGCCAAAUAUAACUUCUUGAAGACAGUGGUCCUCACUGAUGCUCGCUCUGUUCUGUACCAUGGGUUCUUUACUGCUGAUGCUCCCCCUGCCUUGGCUUUUCAUUUAUGCACAUGAAAGAGAGGGGAGGCGUGCUCUACCCACCUUAGGCUUUGGCAUUCCACGUAAGCACAUGGAAGGGCAGGGAUCUCCCAGAACAGAGCCACAUCACCGAAUAUAACUUUUUGAAGACAGUGGUCCUCACUGAUGCUCGCUCUGUUCUGUACCCCAGGCUUCUUUGCUGCUGAUGCUCCUCCUGCCUUGGCUUUUCAUGUAUGCACAUGAAAGAGACGGGAGGUGUGCUCUCCCCGCCUUAGGCUUUGGCAUUCCACGUAAGCACAUGGAAGGGCAGGGAGCUCCCAGAACAGAGCCACAUCACUGAAUAUAACUUUUUGAAGUGGUCCUAACAGAACUUCACGUUUAAUUUAUAACCCUCUGCAUUUCAUUCAGAUUUGUGUUUCCUGUUUUUAAAACUCUCCACCAGUGGUCCAACACUGACCUGACACAAACUGUAACUUUGUCAGUCACUUAUUUUUGCAUCAGAGGCUUGACCUCCUCAAAAUCCAGUCAUUUGAAGUUCUUCAUAUUUACGGUGGAGGCAGUAGGAUCAUCAAGGAGAUUGUUUUUAAGUCUGAGUACUGUGGAAGCUGAUUUGUCUGUUGUUGGCCGGAGUCCGGGUACAUUACAACAUUAGAGGAGACAGCGCGCUCCUUACAUGGAGCGAGUUUGGCGAAGUGAAGCGCUUGAUGGCUUCUUUCUGGCGGAAGGUUUUUAAAGUGUUUGACUUGAGGAAAAACAAUUACUCUACAGGAUGCUACUCAGUGGGAAAGAAUAACAAAACAUCACCUCAAUACAAACAUAGCACAUGAGCAUAGCGUGUGAUCAGCUUGUAGAUACCCAACCCUUACUGUCAGUACACUGUUCAGGGAGAACCCAGCAACAUGCUUAUUUUGUGGCCAUGCUGCAUCUACAUGGUUUGUUUGUACUAAAUUGCACAAAACACAAUGAACAGAUAUGGAAAUAAUGCUGGAGGGUUUGAAAGAGAUAAAUCAUGUUGAGGAUUACACAUUGUGUCCACUGAAAUUGGACCUCAGUAUAACUGGUGAUAUGUUAAAAACUUUUAUGAAACUUACCUAAAACACUAGAUAGGUUUUACGCUUCCUGUGGAGAAAAUGAAAAAAGCACUGGUCUGCUGGUUUGCGCUGAUCUUUGAGUUUUAUUGUCCGAGAAACGAUUAUCAGUGAGAAGUUUUUCUUUUGUCAAAUGUUUUUUGAGCGCCUGGCCAAAAGAACGUUGAAAUUUGAACACUGCAAAGAUUAGUGUGAUGAUUCCACCUUGAUAUGAUCAUUUAAUACUGACACUUUUAAUCUGAAAAUAUUCAUCAGACUCUAAAGAUUAGUUCAAUGUGGCAUUAGAUGAGUUCUUAUAUGGGAAAGAACUCACAAUUGGCCAUUUCUGAGACUUUUAUUUUGAAAAGUUCAAACUUUUAAGAAAGUAAGCACCAUUCCACACAUAAAAAAGAAAAACUGUAAUUGAGUUGUCACUGUAAGAAAGACAGAAGGGCAUUUUGAAAAGAGCCAUAGCUUUCAGGUCAGUUGCCUUAACUUGGACUCACUCCUCCUGCAUUGUGUCUGUUUUUUCUGUUGUGGCAUUUUUUGAGUGACUGUGUUUUAAACUGAUAGCUGUCUUUAAAGCUGCACUAGACCUCUACUUUAUAAAAGAAUUUCCUUUCUUUCUGUUGACUUUUCACAAGUGGCCAUACUUGACCCCAGCAGUUUAUUUGGGAGAACAUAAAGGCGGGUGUGUGUGUGUGUGUGUGUGUGGUGUCUCAGCGUUGACUAAUGAGACCUUCUUUUCUGUUGUAGCCUGACCUCCUGACUCUGCCUGUGCUAGCUUGGUUUUAUAUAAACAGCUACCCUGGUGGAGCGUAGACUCUCAUGAUCAGUGCUGCGGUGAAGUGCUGAAAACUUCUAGAGUGUGUGAAAGUCCGAAGGGCAUGUUCAAAAUGAUUUAACUAUCCAGUAUAAAAAAACUGUAUUGUUUUAGUUCUAAACUUUGGGAGUUAGUUUGAGUUUCUGGAGUUUAUUUUAUGAAAGAAAGUUUUUUAUUUGUCUCUUUGAAACCAGACUCUGCCGGGGAAAUAAAAGAAAAAGCUGAAAUAUGUUAUAAAAAAUGUCAAAGUUGAGAUAAUAAAGUAGAAUAUAUAUAAAUUAUGAUUUAACACACAGAUGUCCAUGUAAAUGUCAUGAGAUCAUAUUCUUUUUGUCAUAUUUUAGUGUGAAUUUGACUUAUUUUCCAUAGUUGUAAGAGUAUUAAGAAUGUUUCUUGUUCUUAUUCUUUUAUUUUCCUCAUUUUAAUUUGUUUUGUUGGAUUUCUGGGCCUCCCUAACCUUCAGAUCAGGUCAUCUAAUUUCUAACACUUUUGUUUCUGUGUUUUCAGAGUUUGAUUAUUUAAUACUUUUGCCUGAGAGUGACUCCUUCUGUUCUUGUGUUUUCCCACAAUAAGCAGCAUGGUGCUGAAAAUUAUGAUAUCUGAGAUCAAUGCACAGCUCUGACUCAGCACAACCACACAAUGGGGCUCUUUUUGUUUUCCCCUGAACGAGAAUACCAGUUUUUGUUUUCAUAAACACAAAAGAGAAAAGUUUGACGGUAGCAAUACAAACUCAGAGAACUGGGUCUAAAAGCAUAGGAAUAGUUUAAGCUGUGUACAUUUACUGCAGUUACAAGUUGAACUAUGCUAUAAUGUGCAAUAUUGCCUUUAUUUAAACCAUGUCAUGGGUCAUAGUGCUGUAGUUUUCUCACUUGCACAGGCAUUUAUUUUGUCCCAUUGACAUCACCGAGAUGAUAGAGAAGCGUUCAAGAGAGGAUGUGUUUGGUCCUAGAGAGUUUGCUUUUGCACUAUAGCUCCUCUCCCACAAGAUACAUUUAGGCAAACACAAAAUAAUGAUAUACAACUUAAUGUAUUAAACACAUGUUUAUUAUGUUUUAAGUAUGGGAAGGUUGAACUUAAUGACUGCCAGCCAUGAGAUUAAAAUGUGUUUGCUUUGGAGCUACCCACAGAAAAACUGACUCACCUUUAUGUACUAAACUGCUCAUGUUACACGACACCCAGAAACCUCAGCAAUACAGCACCGAUAAAGACAAUCAACUAUUCUUAUAGAGAGAAAACCUUGUGUCAAACGUUCAGAGUUGCAAUUAGCACUGCAAAGAAAUGGUCAGUACAUAUGAAAAGAUUCGUAGGUCUCUAGAAAGUGGUCAUAGUAACUAGAUGAAUAGAUAUUUUUCUUCCCAGUUCUCUUUAGCCCUUGUGUUUUCUAAUUUUCCCCUCAUUUUUUUCAUUUGACAGCUAUUACUAUUAUUAAAAUAUAACUAAAUGACUCAGGACAACCAGCUAGCACUCACUUCUUUAAUGAGUUUAUUGCCUAUUUUUAUUACAUCUGGUAUUUUUAUUAAUUUAAACAGUUGUUUUAUACAGUUACAGUUUUAUAUGCAUUUCUAUACAUUCUUUUCUAGUUUGGUGUAUUUAAUACUGGCUGCUGGUUUAAAAUUAAAUGUGUGUGUUCUAAAGAAACCACUGGGUUUUACCUUGAUUCAGCAUUUUUUUGUCAAUGACGAUGUAUAAGUUACACUGUAUUGUUUCUUAAUAUUUUUUGUCUUAGCGCAGAAGAAAAGUGUGUAUGAGUGUUCUCUAUGUGUAUGUCUAUACAUUGACAUAUAAGACUUCUUCACCCUGGUGUUCAUCUUUGCCCUUUGUCCUCUUCAAGUCGUUCUUUUUGGGUACAAUUUCUUCUGUUUCCAGUGUUUUGCAGUGUCCAACUCAAACCAAUCAUGUACUAAUUUGACCUCAACGUAUUAAGUAACCACAUGUUUCCCAUUAACAAGGAACUCAUCUGUAUUGAAAUGAACCAUGUGACAGUAUUAUGUUUGAACAUGUGUCCCAUCCUCUCCUGCACACUGUCCACUAGAGAUGAAAUGAAAUAAACUUGGUUGAACAAA